CCAGCCUGACAUUUGUGAACAGUACUUGAAUGCUUAUUUUGAGAAAUUUAUUUUCUAGCUCUCCCGGGCUAUAAGAGACUUGUCAAAGAGGGCCUCAUCUAGAAAUCAUGGGUGGCUAGUACGAAAUAUUCUGUAGUCCAAGGACCCCUUGUCCCAGCUGUGCAGUGACGUCUCACCUCUAAACCACAACCACCAUCCUCUCCUCCUCGCUAUCGAUAGUCGAAGUCCCUGUACGCGCGAGGGCUGUUCCUCAGCCCUCCACAACCACACGCCCCAUUUCAACCUCCUUCCAAAUGUCACAAUGGGCAACUCCUCCAGCCGUAUAACGGCACAAGACAAAGCAAUCUACGACCUCAAAAUUCAACGCGACAAGCUGCACCAAUACCAGCGCCGCAUCACCCACCUAACCGACAAGGAGACGCAGAUCGCGCGGCAGAUGCUAGCCAAGGGCGACAAGCCGCGCGCCUUACUCGCCCUGCGCCGCAAAAAGUACCAGGAAUCGCUCCUGGCCAAGACGGACGCGCAGCUGGAGCAGCUCGAGAAGCUCACGUCGUCGGUCGAGUUCGCGCUGAUUCAAAAGGACGUCUUCUUUGGCCUGCAGCAGGGGACCAAGGUCCUGAAGGAGAUACAGGCCGAGAUGGGCGGCAUCGAGAACGUCGAGAAGCUGAUGGGGGAGACGGCCGAGGCGAUUGCGUAUCAGAGGGAAGUCAGCGAGAUCAUUGCGGGCAGGAUAUCGGUGCAGGACGAGGAGGAAGUCGAGGACGAACUUGCUGCACUCGAGGCCGAGGUUACAACUACGGAAGAGGUGCAGAGGUUGCCGAGUGUUCCUGAUACCCCGUUGCCGGUGCAGAGGGUUGGGGAGGAGGCGGGUGCUGAACCGGCACAGCCGAGGGCGCAGACGGAAAGACAGGCCAUGUUGGCUUGAGUAAGAUGCGGGAAGGCGUUGGGAGUUCUUGAUUGUGUGCAUGUAUGGCGCUAUGGAGCUUUAUAGUACAUACGUGGAUCGAUGAAUCAAUGAGCUUUUGGAUACAUACCAUGAC